AUGAGAAGUCGUCGAUUUAUUUAUUUCAUUCUUACUGGUCUUCUUGGCUCAUGCGUGAUUUUUAUUAUAUCAAAUUUCACUUAUUCAUCGUCUGUGUCUGUUUUACCUUGGAAAAUCGAUUAUCGACGACGACCUGAAUGUACAUGUUUGAGAUCUGAGUUACCUCCAUUAUCAUCUCCUUUGACAUCCGAACAAAAUGAUAGUCAAGCAUCUCUUUGUAGUCAAUAUGCUACACAACGAGGACCUCAUCAACGUAUUAUUUCAAUCAGUAUUUUUGGUCCAAAAGAAAAUAAAAUGUUUCAAGUUAAUCGAACACUUAAUUUUCUUCAUGAACUUAUAAAAGAUCUGAAUAUAAUAUAUUCUGAUGGAUUUAUAUUACGGAUUCAUCAUGAUAAAACAAUUAAUACAACAGAUAUUAUUUGUCCUAUUGAAUGUAAUCAUCCAAAUGUGGAUUUUUGUAGUAUGAAUCAUAAACUUUAUAUUCCACCAAAAAUUUGGCGUUUUAUACCUGCUGGUGAUCCAUUAGUUAAUGUCAUGAUGAGUCGUGAUCUUGACUCAGCAUUAACAAAACGAGAACGUGAUGCUGUUGAUGUAUGGCUCGCUUCAAAUAAAUCAUUUCACACUAUGCGUGAUCAUCCUAUGCAUGGUGUACCUAUGCUUGGUGGCAUGUGGGGUUUUCGACCAUCAUUAAAUCGAAAUUUAUCUCGUUUAAUACACGAUAAAAUUCACAAUCAAGAAUUAAUUAAACGUUAUGGUGGUCGUGCUGAUCAAGGAUUUCUUUCUUCUCAUAUUUGGCCAUUUGCAAAAGCAAGUGCUAUUGCACAUGAUAGCUUUUUGUGUACUCACGGAUUUGGACACCAAGCAGACCCAUUUCCAACACAACGACCAUCAGCUAAUGAAACGAAUUGUUUUAUAGGUUGUGUACGACCGUGUUGUGGUUUUGGAAAAAUGCCAUUUGGAGAAUGUCCAAAACGAUGUCGACCAAAAGAUCAUCCGGAAUGGAUUUAUUGUUAG